AUGACAUCCGCUAACCGCCGUGCACGACAACAUACCUUUCAGACCUUGCGUGAAAAUAUGCCAAAGGCCUUGGCUUCAAUCAAGAUCGAGUUGAUUCGAAAGUGGGAGCAUCGAGCUUGGAGAUUUAUUGAUGCUUACAGUGAUGGAUUGGGGGCUAAAGAUGCAGUGACCCAAGUAAAGAAGCUCAGCUCACGUCGCUAUACUUCUCACCGUCGCAUUCCUGAAUCACUGGCUCGAGCAAUGGAUCAGUAG